AUGCAUCACCUGUCGACCAACUCUUCAAGGUCUCUCCGACGUGCAGCUGCUAAGGCUGUCAAGCCCUCGUUAACUCGUGGCGCUCAUAAGGAGAUCAAGUUUUCGAACGAGGGCAGAGCCAGCAUUCUGAAGGGUGUUGACGUCCUCGCCAACGCGGUCAGUGUUACUCUCGGCCCGAAAGGUCGCAACGUUAUCAUUGAGCAGUCGUUUGGCGGUCCAAAAAUCACCAAGGACGGUGUCACUGUAGCAAAGUCCAUUACACUCCAGGACAAGUUUGAGAACCUUGGUGCCCGUCUUGUCCAAGACGUUGCCCAGAAAACCAACGAGAUAGCAGGUGACGGUACAACAACUGCCACCGUCCUUGCACGGGCUAUCUACUCCGAGGGUGUCAAAAAUGUCGCGGCUGGAUGCAACCCCAUGGAUCUCCGUCGGGGCUCGCAAGCUGCUGUUGACCGUGUGGUAGAUUACCUUGCUUCGCAAACCAAAACAAUAACCACAACUGCCGAGAUUGCUCAAGUAGCAACUAUUUCAGCAAAUGGUGACGUUCAUGUUGGUAACCUCAUAGCUCAGGCCAUGGAAAAAGUCGGUAAGGAAGGAGUGAUCACCGUCAAAGAAGGAAAGACCAUCGAGGACGAGAUUGAGGUGACGGAGGGUAUGCGUUUCGACCGUGGGUUUAUCUCACCGUACUUCAUCACCGACGUGAAGGGUCAAAAGGUUGAGUUUGAAAAGCCUCUCAUUCUUCUUUCCGAAAAGAAAAUUUCGGCCUUACAAGACAUUCUUCCGGCUCUCGAACUUGCCGCUCAGUCGCGUCGUCCUCUUCUUAUCAUCGCCGAAGACAUCGACGGUGAGGCUCUCGCUGCGUGUAUCGUCAACAAGCUUCGCGGGCAGCUGGCUGUCGCUGCCGUGAAGGCUCCCGGCUUCGGUGACAACCGGAAGUCCAUUCUCGGUGACCUUGCCAUUUUAACUGGCGGAACUGUCUUCACCGACGAGAUCGACAUUAAGCUCGAUAAAGCUACUCCAGAUAUGUUUGGUACUACUGGAAGCGUCACUGUCACCAAAGAAGAUACCAUUUUCCUCAAUGGCGAAGGUUCUAAGGACGCUAUUCAGGCUCGCUGCGAACAGCUCCGUGCUCUUAUCGCCGAUCCUACUACCUCCGACUAUGACUGUACUCGUUUGCAGGAGCGUCUUGCUAAGCUUUCCGGGGGUGUUGCCGUCAUUAAGGUUGGUGGAUCUAGUGAAGUUGAGGUCGGGGAAAAGAAGGAUCGUUAUGACGAUGCGCUCAAUGCUACCCGAGCUGCUGUCGAGGAAGGUAUCCUUCCCGGAGGUGGUGUCGCUCUCCUCAAAGCCUCCUUGAUGCUGAGCACCACCUCGCCAUCCCCUGCUUCAUCUAGCACUCCUGUCUCCCCUAAUGCCAACCCUAUACCUACCGCCAAUUUCGACCAGGACCUUGGUGUUUCCAUUAUCCGUCGUGCUAUUUCAGGUCCAUCCCGCGCCAUCCUUAACAACGCUGGCGAGGAAUCUAGUGUCAUUGUUGGCACACUUCUCUCAACAUACGGUUCCCCUGAUAAGUUUGCCUGGGGAUAUGACGCUAGCAAGGGUGAAUACGUCGACAUGAUCAAGGCUGGUAUUGUUGACCCAUUGAAGGUUGUCCGAACUGCGCUAGUCGACGCAGCCGGUGUUGCAAGUUUGUUAACAACAAGCGAGUGCUGUGUGGUAGACGCACCAGAAGAGAAGCCAGCUGCUCCUAUGGGAGGCAUGGGCGGUAUGGGAGGUAUGGGAGGUAUGGGCGGGUUCUAA